CGAAGAGCAAGAUAAAUGAGUAGAUUAGUUAAUUAUAAAUUAAGAACGGGCGUUGACAAGCUACUGAUAUGAAGACUUUAAUUAUACAGUUUUGUAUUGGUGUAAUAGCUCUCUCUAGUUACAUGGAAAAUGGAGUAUCAGGCCAACUCUACUCCGCACCAGUAAUACGCACAUCCAGUGACAAUGACAAUGAACUGGGCGUACUCCUCACAGUAUUACUGCUAGCGUCACGCAACAAAGGUUCCAGCGGAAAUUGCGGUUGUUGCAACUGCUGCGGUGGUGGGAACAUCCCGAUACCUUACCCGAUACCGAUACCGACUAACAAUCCGAUUAUUAAUACGUAUCGAGGGUAUGAUGAUGGCUACGGCGAUGAUGAUAGAGGCAGCGCAGCCAUCAGCUCGUCUUUUUCAAGUGCGACAGGUGGAGCUGGCGGCGCGGGCGGUAACGCAGAAAGCGAGCCCGAACAAAACGUUUACAUAGUAACAAACAGUGGCAGCUACGCAGCCAAUGAAGUUAAAUCUAACUCAAACGCUGCAAGCUCCAGCGGCGCAGCAUCCAACAGCGGGAACAGAUAAACCAACUUUGACUGGAUUUAACUCUGAUAGCGGUGAAAAAGGAUUCAGAAGAUAUAGCUAAAUAAUUGACUUGAAUUGGCUGAUAUUGCGGGACACUUGAACAUCGACAUGAAUAUUGUGACAGUGAUACCAAACGACACACUUCAUGAAAGUGUUUUCAUAUUGCCACGAGGUAUCCUGAAAUUAGCGUUAAUGCGAAUGCAUUAAAGAAAGAUAGCUGCUCUUUAUCUUCUUGCCUGCAGCUGUUAUAUAGCAUAUAGUGUUGGUAGUGAGUACAGUUGCCGACCAGCGCUCUUAAUGUAAGGAGUAGGGAAUAGCAUCAGGGUAGAUACUUCAAGUGUUAGGCUAACAACUCACGGCUUGAUUUUUCCCAGCACCCGCAGUGGAUGCCGUAAAUAUCCGUGCACUCUGCGAGCGUAAAUCGCGCCGUGAAAUUUGCUUUAUCAUGCACACUCAUAUUUACGUCUGCUCGGUUGUCUCCGUUUGUCUGCCGUCACAAUAUGUAAUCAGAUUUAAAAUAUCUGCAAGUUUUUAUCAUGUCUUUGAUUAGAGUAGCUAUAUAUUUUGUGUCCUCUAAUGCAAUGAAGUUUUUUAAUGUGUGAUACCUGACGCUAUUGAGAUUUUAGCAUUUAAAACAUAUUGUAAAUAAAUUGUGUAGUAGUUAUAUAAAGGUUUUUAUGAUUGUUUUAGAAUUAAGGAGGUAUAAAAUGUUAAUAAAUUCAAC